UAUUUGUUCGUAUGCUACUGCCCACGUUAACGAGGCAGGCCAGAUUCCUAACUCGACUCGUCAGCAGCAUAAAUAUGGCCAGCAAGCGGUUGCACCACGAAGACAACAAGUUGGACACCUUCCGGCGCAUCUGUGAUGAAAUAGCCGGCGAGCCCAGUUAUCUGAAGAAGGUGGAGAAACUGCAGCGAUUUUUCGCGAAAGGCACCAGCGGGCAGGGCUUCGAGGGCGACACCCUGCUCUGGGUGCAGUUCCUCAUCCCGGCGGCCAGCCAGCGGGUCUACAAUUUGCAGAACAAGGCGCUGAUCAAACUCUUCUCGCGCAUUUUCAAUGCCAGCCAGCAGCAAAUGCAUCUGGAUUUGGAGCAGGAUGGAGAUGUUUCGGAAACGCUGCGCAAGCACUUUGCUGCCUCAAAAAAACUGAAGCCCCAGGCGCAGAGCAAACUCUACCUGCAAGAGGUGGAGGAGUUGCUCAAGAAGCUGGAGGAGCGCACCAAGGAGGAUGAUCAGACUGAACUACUGCAGGAGCUGUGCCGGAAAGCCACUGACCUUGAUCUGCGCACCUUCAUCCGCCUGGUGAAGCAUGACUUGCGGAUCAAUGCCCGGGCCAGACACAUACUGGAUGCCUUUGGCCCUGAGGCCUAUCCCGCAUACCAGUCUUCCCGGGAUUUGGAGGCAAUUGUGCAACAGUUCGCUGGCAAGGACAAUAAAAAGACUGUCAAUAGCCCGGUUAAGAAGGCCAAAAAGGCAAAUCCUAGUGGAAUUCAGGUGAUGACACCCAUAUCACCCAUGUUGGCCAAUGCCUGCAAGUCGGUGGAGGAAGCCUUUAAGAAGAACUCUGCCGGAUUGUACAGUGAAAUCAAGUACGACGGAGAGAGGGUUCAAAUCCACAAAAAGGGCGAUGACUUUAAGUUCUUCAGCCGCAAUCUAAAGCCAGUAGUGGACCACAAGAUAAGAGCUCUAAAGGAGCACAUACCGCGUGCCUUUCCAGGAGCCGAGGAAAUGAUUCUGGACUCCGAGAUCAUUUUGGUGGACACUGACACGGGAGCACUGCUGCCCUUCGGCUCGUUGGGCGCCCACAAGAAACAGACUUUUGCGAAUGCCGCAGUGUGCCUAUUCGUUUUUGAUUGCAUUCUCUACGAUGGCGAGGAUUUGACCCAGCUGCCAUUCCGCAAGCGGCGGGAGAUCCUCGAACAGAAUAUCCAUCCCAUCAAAUCCCAUGUGCAGCUUUCGGAAUCGGAAUUUCUUAAGACUAAGCGAGAACUGGCCAUAAUGACGGCCAAGGUGCUGCACGCCAAUCUAGAGGGAGUGGUGCUGAAAAGCCCUGACAGCACCUAUCAGCCCGGCAAGCGAAACUGGUUAAAGGUCAAGAAGGACUACCUCUUUGAUGGCAAGAUGGCUGAUACGGCGGACUUGGUUGUCCUAGGCGCGUGGUAUGGAUCGGGAAAGAAAGGUGGUGUGCUGAGCAUUUUUCUCAUGGGUUGCUAUGAUACAUAUGGUCGUUUGUGGAAGACUGUGACCAAAGUGCACUCUGGCCUAGAUGAUGCCACCAAUGCAGAGGUACACGAUUCCCUUAUCAAGCUAACCGAACGUGCCGAUGCCAAUGCAACCCCCGAUUGGCUUCUGUGCAACAAGUCCCUGGUCCCGGAUGUUCUGGCCAAGGAUCCGCUGAAAAUGCCAGUGUGGGAGAUUACAGGUGCAGAGUUCACCAAAUCCGAGGCGCAUACGGCAUCUGGCAUCUCGAUUCGGUUUCCCAGGAUAACCCGUCUGCGAAGCGAUAAAUCGGCAAAGGAAGCAAAUGAUCUGGCCCACUUGGAGAAUCUGUAUGAUGCCUCGAAGAAGAAUGUGAACGUGGAUUUGCUUUUGACCAAUUGUAGAGAGGACGACGAAAAGCUGAAUCUGGAAAAGACGCCGCAGAAGGAAACAAAAAUAAAACGCAAUCAAACUAGUAGCACUAAAAAACUUAAAAGAUCCAAAACUGGUUCGGAUGAUGAGGAAGCAGCUGCACCAGUAAGCAAACGCAAGGAGCCGAAAGUGGAGCGAAGCUUGUCGCCAUCGCAAAAGGGAAUGAAGGACUUUUUUAAGACAACUAAAGAGGUGCAAUCACUAGUCAAGAAGGAACCAAUGGAGGAGAAUAUAACAACCAGUGAGAAGGUGAAAUCCAUAGUUAAAAAGGAGCAGAAGGAAGCGAAAAAAUCCCCUGAUACCAAAAGCAAGUUAUUCGCUGGAUUGGUGGCCCAUUUUGCAAUGGAAAAGGAUGCAAGUAAGCUGAAGGAAGAAUUUCUGCAGCAUGGCGGAUCUUGUACAGCGGAACCCCGAAAGGCAAAUCUGGUUUUUUACAACACAAGCGAGGCAAUGAACCUCGAAAAGCUUAGACCGCUCUAUCGUCGCAGCUGCCGGCACUUGAAUGUUAGCUGGCUCCAAACCUCACUCGAGACCCAGAGUCGUCAGCCUUACCCACUAUAUGCGGUGAUGUUGAAACGCUGAGCGCCUGCUGAAAUCGUUUUUACUCCUAAGUACAUGCUUGAUUAAACCGAAUAUAUGUAUAAUAUAGACAAUAA